AUGCGUCUCACCCCCAUCACCAUCGCCACUCUCCUGGCAACCGCCGAAGCCGUCCUGAUCACCAAGCCCGCAACCGGCGAUACCGUCGACCUCUCGCAGAACUGGGAAGUAUGCUGGACUGCAGUCGACACCGACCCUGCCACUUUCUGCCUCUACCUCACCAACUUCAUCCAAUACCCACCGCAGAUCUUCUCUCUGCUUAACCAGCAGCCCGUCUCGCGAGACGCAGGCUGCGUGACGAUUCCCGGAACGUGUUAUCCGGCUUCGGAACUUCGGACGACCUAUCGCGUUAGAGCUGCCGUUUGCGGAGACCCGAAUACUAUCUUCGCCGAGUCUGGCGACUUUAACGUCGAUCAGACGACAUGCCCCGCGGCUUCUCCGAAGCUGCGAAGAGCGGCGCGGUUGUAG